AUGGCGUCGCAAAACACACAUUCCUUUACUGCUAGUGGUUUUGGCGGAAUUGAAGAAACCCUUCAGCGUGAACUUGAUACAGUUCAAGCAAUUUAUUUUCCGCCACAGUUAGAUGGUUACUCUUCAAGUGAUUCUGAUGGCGAAAGUUCUGAUGACGACAGAAACGACGAUAGUGAUACGCUUUUCGAGAAGCCAACAAUAUUAACCAAUAACAGCCACGAAAGUCUUCACCAGAAUCCUGACACUAACGACAGUGUAAGUGAAGAUAGUGACAAGUGGGUUCGCACGUUUCUAACUGCUUCCUGUCAGUGUAGUCUUGGUCCAAAUGAACGAGCAUGUUCCACUUUGUUUACCGAAGCUACGGUGAGUGAGAUGAGGUCUCAAUGCUUAGAGCUAACGUCAGAUCAACUGGAUCUGCUUAUCAUUGGCAGACUCGAUGGGCAUACAAAAGAAAGGCAUGGUAUGAAACGAUCUCGUUCUCAAUUCUUUGUUCGUGGUCAUCAAGUUUGCAGAAAGAUGUUUUUGUUCCUUCACUGCAUAUCUAAAAAAAGACUCGAGAAUCUGAAAGCUCACUUAAGAAGUAAUGGUCUAAGUCCCCGAGUCCACGGCAACGAAAAAGGCACUCCACAUAACAGAACUCCUUACGUAUCCUUGCAACAUGUUGUAAGCUUCAUUGAAAAUUACGCUGAACGAGAAGGCCUUUCCUUGCCAGGCAGAGUUCCAGGCUACAAGACUUUCCGUCGCGUAAAGCUUCUGCCUACUGCCACCACCAAAGCAGAGCUGUGGAGGUGCUAUAAACAUGCAGCAGAGAUUGGGGGGUACACAGUUGUGGGAUACACAAAAUUUGUUAAAACUUGGAACGAAUUCCUUCCCUUCAUUAAAAUAAUGCAGCCGUCAACAGAUCUUUGUCACACCUGCCAGAAAAAUACAGAAAAAAUUUCAGGACGUGCCGGCGCUUCAGAAGAAGACAAAAUUGAAGCUGUUGAAGCCCACCAGAAUCAUCUCAGAAAAGCCAAACGCGAACGAGAAAUAUACAAUUCUGCCGUUGAUGCUAGUAAACAUUUUCUGAAGGGUCACCCAAACAUCACACUUCUUUCACCUAGUCGCCCCUGUUCUUUGCAAGGGACUGUGCACUAUUCUUACGAUUAUGCCCAGCAAGUGCACUAUCCUAGCAAUCCUCAACAACCAGGUCCCAUUUACUUUAAAACGGCAAGAAAAUGCGGUAUAUUCGGCAUAUGCUGCGAAGCUAUACCGCGUCAAAUUAAUUAUUUUAUUGAUGAGUCAGUUGCAACUGGAAAAGGUGCAAACGCGACAAUCAGUUACGUGCACGAUUUUCUUGAAAACCAUGGAGCUGGUGAAACAGAUGUUCACUUCCAUGCGGACAACUGUGGCGGCCAGAACAAAAACAACUAUGUUCUCUGGUACUGGUGCUGGCGUUGCAUCCAUGGUCAGCAUGAG